CUUCUGUGCCACCCUCGUGAGCCACCAUGGGGCUGCCACUAGCUCGCCUGGUGGCUGUGUGCCUAGUCCUGGCCUUAGCCAGGGGCUCGGAGCUCCAGAAAGAAGCCAGAUCCCGAAACCAUGUCUGCAGCACCUGGGGUGACUUCCACUACAAAACUUUUGACGGCGAUGUCUUCCGAUUCCCUGGUCUCUGUGAUUACAACUUUGCUUCUGACUGCCGAGACUCCUACAAGGAAUUUGCUGUGCACCUGAAGCGGGGCUUGGGCGAGGCUGGGGGUCACUCCCAGAUAGAGUCUGUCCUAAUCACCAUUAAGGACGACACCAUCUACCUCACCCACAAGCUGGCGGUGGUGAACGGGGCCAUGGUCAGCACCCCACACUACAGCUCCGGGCUGCUCAUUGAGAAGAACGAUGCCUACACCAAGGUCUACUCCCGUGCCGGCCUCUCCCUCAUGUGGAACCGAGAAGAUGCACUCAUGGUGGAGCUGGACAGCCGGUUCCAGAACCACACCUGUGGUCUCUGUGGGGACUUCAAUGGCAUGCAGACCAAUUAUGAAUUCUUUUCUGAGGGCAUACACAUCAGUGCCAUUGAGUUUGGGAACAGGCAGAAGAUCAACAAGCCCGAGGUUGAAUGUGAGGACGCUGAUGUGGUACAAGAGCCGGAGUCCUGUUCUGAACACCGAGCCGAGUGUGAGAGGCUGCUGACCUCCACAGCCUUUGAGGACUGCCAGGCUCGCGUGCCUGUGGAGUUGUAUGUGCAAGCCUGCAUGCAGGACCGCUGCCACUGCCCGCAGGGCGGUGCCUGUGAGUGCAGCACCCUUGCUGAGUUCUCCCGCCAGUGCUCUCACGCAGGUGGCAGACCUGAGAACUGGAGGACUGCAUCACUCUGCCCCAAGAAAUGCCCUGGUAACAUGGUGUACCUGGAGAGCAGCUCGCCCUGCGUUGACACUUGCUCACAUCUGGAGGUCAGCAGCUUGUGUGAGGAACACUACAUGGAUGGCUGUUUCUGCCCAGAAGGCACAGUGUAUGAUGACAUCACGGGCAGUGGCUGCAUCCCUGUGAGCCAGUGCCACUGCAAGCUGCACGGACACCUCUAUAGGCCAGGCCAGGAGAUUACCAAUGACUGUGAGCAGUGUGUCUGCAAUGCCGGUCGCUGGAUGUGUAAAGACCUGCCUUGCCCUGAGACCUGUGCUCUGGAAGGUGGCUCCCACAUCACCACCUUUGAUGGGAAAAAGUUUACCUUUCAUGGGGACUGCUACUAUGUCCUGACCAAGAGUGAACACAAUGACUCCUAUGCUCUCCUGGGUGAGCUGGCCUCCUGUGGCUCUACAGACAAGCAGACCUGCCUGAAGACUGUAGUGCUGUUGACUGACAAGAAGAAGAACGUGGUGGCCUUCAAAUCAGGUGGCAGUGUGUUACUCAAUGAGAUGGAAGUGACCCUGCCUCAUGUGGCAGCGAGCUUCUCCAUUUUCCAACCUUCCUCUUACCACAUUGUUGUGAACACAAUGUUCGGGCUGCGGCUGCAGAUCCAGUUAGUCCCAGUCAUGCAGCUUUUUGUGACUCUGGACCAGUCUGCCCAGGGACAGGUGCAGGGUCUCUGUGGGAACUUCAACGGCCUAGAGAGUGAUGACUUCAUGACGUCUGGUGGGAUGGUGGAGGCCACGGGUGCUGGCUUUGCCAAUACCUGGAAGGCCCAAUCAAGUUGCCAUGACAAGCUGGACUGGCUAGAUGACCCCUGUUCCCUCAACAUUGAGAGCGCCAAUUACGCCGAGCACUGGUGUUCCCUACUCAAGAGGUCAGAGACGCCCUUUGCCAGAUGCCACCUGGCUGUGGAUCCUACUGAAUACUACAAGAGGUGCAAAUAUGACACGUGCAACUGUCAGAACAACGAGGACUGCAUGUGUGCAGCUCUUUCUUCCUACGCCCGUGCCUGUGCAGCCAAGGGUGUCAUGCUGUGGGGCUGGCGGGAGCGUGUCUGCAACAAAGAUGUGCACUCUUGCCCAAGCUCACAGAUCUUCAUGUACAACCUGACCACUUGCCAGCAGACCUGCCGCUCACUCUCAGAAGGCGACACCCACUGCCUCAAGGGAUUUGCACCUGUGGAAGGCUGUGGUUGUCCUGACCACACCUUCAUGGAUGAGAAAGGUCGCUGUGUGCCCUUGGCUAAAUGCUCCUGCUACUACCAUGGGCUUUAUCUGGAGGCAGGAGAUGUGAUUCUGAGGCAGGAAGAGCGUUGCACUUGCCGGAACGGGAGGCUGCAAUGUACCCAGGUCAAACUGAUUGGCCACACCUGUCCGGAGAACAAAAUCCUUGUAGACUGCAACAACUUAACUGCUCUGGCCAUCCGGAAACCCCGUGCCACUAGCUGCCAGACACUGGUGGCUGGCUAUUACCAUACAGAGUGUGUCAGUGGCUGUGUGUGUCCCGAUGGACUGCUGGAUGAUGGCCGUGGUAACUGUGUGGUGGAGGACAAGUGUCCUUGCAUCCACAACAAACGGCUGUACUCUUCUGGGGAAGAGAUCAAACUGGACUGUAACAACACAUGUACUUGCCAGAAAGGACGCUGGGAGUGCACCCGGUAUGCAUGCCACAGCACAUGCUCUAUCUACGGGAGUGGCCACUACAUCACCUUCGACGGGAAGCACUAUGACUUUGAUGGACACUGCUCCUAUGUGGCUGUCCAGGACUACUGCGGCCAGAACUCUACCGGUUCCUUCAGCAUUAUCACUGAGAAUGUCCCCUGCGGUACCACAGGUGUUACCUGCUCCAAGGCCAUAAAGAUCUUUAUUGGGGGGACAGAGCUGAAGUUGGUGGAUAAACACCGUGUGGUAAAGCAGUUGGAAGAGGGACACCAUGUGCCCUAUAUCACACGGGAAGUGGGGCUGUACCUGGUGGUGGAGGCCAGCUCUGGCAUCAUUGUUAUCUGGGACAAGAAGACCACCAUCUUCAUCAAGCUGGAUCCCUCUUACAAGGGCACUGUAUGUGGUCUGUGUGGGAACUUUGAUGACCAGACCAAAAAUGACUUCACCACUCGGGACCACAUGGUGGUGAACAGUGAGCUGGACUUUGGGAAUAGCUGGAAGGAAGCUUCCACUUGCCCAGAUGUGAGCCACAACCCAGACCCCUGCAGCCUGAACCCACAUCGCCGCUCCUGGGCAGAGAAGCAGUGCAGCAUUAUCAAGAGUGAGGUGUUCAAAGUGUGCCACAGCAAGGUGGACCCCACAGUCUUCUAUGAGGCCUGUGUGCAUGACUCCUGCUCCUGUGACACUGGUGGUGACUGUGAGUGUUUCUGCUCUGCCGUGGCCUCCUACGCUCAAGAGUGCACCAAGGCAGAGGCCUGUGUGUUCUGGAGGACGCCGGAUCUAUGUCCCAUAUUCUGUGACUACUACAACCCCCCAGACGAGUGUGAAUGGCACUACGAGCCAUGUGGGAACCGCAGCUUUGAGACCUGCAGGACCCUCAACGGCAUCCACUCCAACAUCUCCGUGUCUUACCUGGAGGGUUGCUACCCUCGAUGCCCUGAGGACAGGCCCAUCUAUGAUGAGGACCAGAAAAGAUGUGUCACUGGGGACCAGUGUGGCUGCUAUAUCGAGGACACUCACUACCCACCCAAUUCUUCUGUUCCCACUGAUGAGAUCUGCAUGUCUUGUAUAUGCACCAACACGUCAGAAAUCAUCUGCAGUCCAGAAGAAGGGAAGAUUUUUAACGAGACCCAGGAUGGUAUCCUCUGCUACUGGGAUAUCUGCGGACCCAAUGGAACAGUGGAGCAACACUUCAAUAUUUGUGGCUCUUCCACGCCAAUCCCAUCCACUGUGACAAGCUUCACCACAAUCUCCACCCCCAUCUCUACCACCCCCAUCUCCACCACCAUUACCACCACCACAGCCACUGCCACAACCACGGUCACGACGCCCUUUGGUGAGAGACCUUCUUGCUGCUUUUGGUCUGACUGGAUCAAUGAAAAUCAUCCUGUAAAAGGCCCAGGUGGUGGUGAUCGAGAGACCUUCGAUCAUGUCUGUCGUGCUCCUGAGAACAUUGAGUGCAGGGCGGCCACGGAGCCAAAGCUCAGCUGGGAAGAGCUGGGCCAGAAGGUACAGUGCAACAUCUCAGAGGGGCUCAUAUGCCGCAAUGAGGACCAGUAUGGAAUUGGGGAAUUCGAACUUUGUUAUGACUACGAGAUACGAGUCAACUGUUGCUUUCCAAUGGAAUAUUGUACUCCAUCAACCCGCCCACCUACAACUUCCCCACUGACUUCCUCUGCUACUUCAACAACCUCGCCCACCACUUCAACAGUUUCACCAACGACGUCUCCAACAACUUCUCCCACCACCCCAUCAACCACCUCACCAACCACCUCCCCAACCACCUCCCCAACCACCUCCCCAACCACCUCCCCAACCACCUCCCCAACCACCUCCCCAACCACCUCCCCAACCACCUCACCAACCACCUCACCAACCACCUCACCAACCACCUCACCAACCACCCCAUCUACCACCCCAUCAACCACCUCACCAACCACCCCAUCUACCACCCCAUCAACCACCUCACCAACCACCUCACCAACCACCUCACCAACCACCCCACCAACCACCUCACCAACCACCCCAUCUACCACCCCAUCAACCACCUCACCAACCACCUCACCAACCACCCCAUCUACCACCUCACCAACCACCUCACCAACCACCUCAUCAACCACCUCACCAACCACCCCAUCAACCACCUCACCAACCACCUCACCAACCACCUCACCAACCACCUCACCAACCACCCCAUCUACCACCCCAUCAACCACCUCACCAACCACCUCACCAACCACCCCAUCAACCACCUCACCAACCACCCCAUCAACCACCUCACCAACCACCUCACCAACCACCUCACCAACCACCUCAUCAACCACCUCACCAACCACCUCACCAACCACCCCAUCAACCACCUCACCAACCACCCCAUCUACAACCCCAUUAACCACUUCACCAACCACCCCAUCAACCACCUCACCAACCACCUCACCAACCACCUCACCAACCACCCCAUCUAUCACCCCAUCAACCACCUCACCAACCACCCCAUCAACCACCUCACCAACCACCCCAUCAACCACCCCAUCAACCACCUCACCAACCACCCCAUCUACAACCCCAUUAACCACUUCACCAACCACCCCAUCAACCACCCCAUCAACCACCUCACCAACCACCUCACCAACCACCUCACCAACCACCCCAUCUACCACCCCAUCAACCACCUCACCAACCACCCCAUCAACCACCUCACCAACCACCUCACCAACCACCUCACCAACCACCCCAUCAACCACCUCACCAACCACCUCACCAACCACCUCACCAACCACCUCACCAACCACCUCACCAACCACCCCAUCAACCACCUCACCAACCACCUCACCAACCACCCCAUCAACCACCUCACCAACCACUUCACCAACCACCCCAUCAACCACCUCACCAACCACCUCACCAACCACCCCAUCAACCACCUCACCAACCACCUCACCAACCACCUCACCAACCACCCCAUCAACCACCUCACCAACCACCCCAUCAACCACCUCACCAACCACCCCAUCAACCACCUCACCAACCACCUCACCAACCACCUCACCAACCACCCCAUCAACCACCUCACCAACCACCUCACCAACCACCCCAUCAACCACUUCACCAACCACCUCACCAACCACCCCAUCAACCACCUCACCAACCACCCCAUCAACCACCUCACCAACCACCCCAUUAACCACCUCACCAACCACCCCAUCUAUCACCCCAUCAACCACCUCACCAACCACCCCAUCAACCACCUCACCAACCACCCCAUCUAUCACCCCAUCAACCACCUCACCAACCACCCCAUCUAUCACCCCAUCAACCACCUCACCAACCACCCCAUCAACCACCCCAUCAACCACCUCACCAACCACCUCACCAACCACCCCAUCAACCACCUCACCAACUACCCCAUCAACCACCUCACCAACCACCCCAUCAACCACCUCACCAACCACCCCAUCAACCACCUCACCAACCACCCCAUCAACCACCUCACCAACCACCCCAUCAACCACCUCACCAACCACCCCAUCAACCACCUCACCAACUACCCCAUCAACCACCUCACCAACCACCCCAUCUAUCACCCCAUCAACCACCUCACCAACCACCCCAUCUACCACCCCAUCAACAACCUCACCAACCACCCCAUCAACCACCUCACCAACCACCCCAUCAACCACCUCACCAACCACCCCAUCAAUCACCCCAUCAACCACCUCACCAACCACCUCACCAACCACCCCAUCUACCACCCCAUCAACCACCUCACCAACCACCCCAUCAACCACCUCACCAACCACUCCAUCAACCACUUCACCAACCACCCCAUCAACCACCUCACCAACCACCCCAUCAACCACCCCAUCAACCACCUCACCAACCACCUCACCAACCACCCCAUCAACCACCUCACCAACCACCUCAUCUACCACCCCAUCAACAACCUCACCAACCACCCCAUCAACCACCUCACCAACCACCCCAUCAACAACCUCACCAACCACCCCAUCAACCACUUCACCAACCACCCCAUCAACCACCCCAUCAACCACCUCACCAACCACCUCACCAACCACCCCAUCAACCACCUCACCAACCACCCCAUCAACCACCUCACCAACCACCUCAUCUACCACCCCAUCAACAACCUCACCAACCACCCCAUCAACCACCUCACCAACCACCCCAUCAACCACCUCACCAACCACCCCAUCAACCACUUCACCAACCACCCCAUCAACCACCCCAUCAACCACCUCACCAACCACCCCACCCAACCACCCAUCAACCACCUCACCAACCACCCAUACCACCCCAUCAACCAACCUCCCCAACACCCCAUCAACCACCUCACCAACCACCCCAUCAACCACCUCACCAACCACCCCAUCAACCACCUCACCAACCACCCCAUCAACCACCCUCAACCAACCACCCCAUCAACCCACAUCACCAACCACCUCACAACCACCCAUCACCACCUCAUCCAACCACCUCACCAACCACCCCAUCAACCACCUCACAACCACCCCAUCAACCACCUCACCAACCACCCCCUCAACCACCUCACCAACCACCCCAUCAACCACUUCACCAACCACCCCAUCAACCACCUCACCAACCACCUCACCAACCACCUCACCAACCACCCCAUCAACCACUCACCAACCACCCAUAACCACCUCACCAACCACCCUCUACAACCACCCAUCAACCACCUCACCAACCACCUCACCAACCACCUCACCAACCACCCCAUCAACCACCUCACCAACCACCCCAUCAACCACCUCACCAACCACCCCAUCAACCACCCCAUCAACCACCUCACCAACCACCUCACCAACCACCCCAUCAACCACCUCACCAACCACCCCAUCAACCACCUCACCAACCACCCCAUCAACCACCCCAUCAACCACUUCACCAACCACCCCAUCAACCACCUCACCAACCACCUCACCAACCACCUCACCAACCACCCCAUCAACCACCUCACCAACCACCCCAUCAACCACCUCACCAACCACCUCACCAACCACCCCAUCUACCACCCCAUCAACCACCUCACCAACCACCCCAUCAACCACCUCACCAACCACCCCAUCAACCACCUCACCAACCACCCCAUCAACCACCUCACCAACCACCCCAUCUAUCACCCCAUCAACCACCUCAUCAACCACCUCACCAACCACCCCAUCUACCACCCCAUCAACCACCUCACCAACCACCCCAUCAACCACCUCACCAACCACCCCAUCAACCACUUCACCAACCACCCCAUCAACCACCUCACCAACCACCCCAUCAACCACCCCAUCAACCACCUCACCAACCACCCCAUCUACCACCCCAUCAACCACCUCACCAACCACCUCAUCAACCACCUCACCAACCACCCCAUCAACCACCUCACCAACCACCUCACCAACCACCUCACCAACCACCCCAUCAACCACCUCACCAACCACCUCACCAACCACCCCAUCUACCACCCCAUCAACCACCUCACCAACCACCCCAUCAACCACCUCACCAACCACCCCAUCAACCACCUCACCAACCACCCCAUCAACCACCCCAUCAACCACCUCACCAACCACCUCACCAACCACCUCACCAACCACCUCACCAACCACCCCAUCAACCACCUCACCAACCACCCCAUCAACCACCUCACCAACCACCCCAUCUACCACCCCAUCAACCACUUCACCAACCACCCCAUCAACCACCUCACCAACCACCUCACCAACCACCUCACCAACCACCCCAUCAACCACCUCACCAACCACCUCACCAACCACCUCACCAACCACCCCAUCAACCACCUCACCAACCACCUCACCAACCACCCCAUCUACCACCCCAUCAACCACCUCACCAACCACCCCAUCAACCACCUCACCAACUACCCCAUCAACCACCUCACCAACCACCCCAUCAACCACCUCACCAACUACCCCAUCAACCACAUCACCAACCACCUCGCCAACCACCCCAUCAACCUCCUCAGCUACAACUUCAACUAUUUCAUCAGGAACCUCAACUGCCACUUCACCAAGUACAUCACCUACCACGUCAUCAACCUUCACUACCCCAUCCCCCACUCCAUGCAUUGAGGACUGCGAGUGGACAGGCUGGCUGGAUUCUGGAAAACCCACCUAUGAUAUAAAAAGUGGAGAUUUUGAACCGAUUGAAGAAGCCUGUGGAUCAGGGUGGAGAGCAGACAACAUCUCCUGCAGAGCUGUGAUGUAUUCCAACGUCCCACUUGAUCAGCUUGGACAGAAAGUGGUUUGUAACACCAAAGAUGGGCUAGUGUGCAAAAAUGCAGAUCAGGAAAUAGGGAUCGUCCCCAUGCGCAUGUGUCUCAACUAUGAGAUCAAUGUUUACUGUUGUCAUCCAAAUCCAAUAUGUACUUCAACCCCGCCAUCUACUACCACGAAGACACCAAGCCCAUCUCCCACAACUACAACCACAACCUCAACAUCUACAGUAACAGGGACAUCUACUCCUAGUUCCACUACUACGCAGAUGCCAAGCCCAUUUUCUACAACUACAGUGACUCCAACUCCAGCACCGACUACUACAGAGACCUCAACAUCUACUACCACACAGACCACAACCCCAACACCCACUGUAGAGACCUCCACCCCCACAUCUACCACUACCCAGACACCAAGUCCAACACCUACAACAACGACUCCACCCUCAACACCCACUGUAGAGACCUCCACUCCUGUAUCUACCACUACCCAGACGCCAAGUCCAACACCUACAACAACGACUCCACCCUCAACACCCACUGUAGAGACCUCCACUCCCACAUCUACCACUACCCAGACACCAAGUCCAACACCUACCACAACGACUCCACCUUCAACACCCACCACUACAGGGCCCUCAAGCCCAACAUCUACUACCACACAGACCACAACCCCAACACCCACUGUAGAGACCUCCACUCCUGUAUCUACCACUACCCAGACACCAAGUCCAACACCUACCACAACGACUCCACCCUCAACACCCACUGUAGAGACCUCCACUCCCACAUCUACCACUACCCAGACGCCAAGUCCAACACCUACCACAACGACUCCACCCUCAACACCCACUGUAGAGACCUCCACUCCCACAUCUACCACUACCCAGACGCCAAGUCCAACACCUACCACAACGACUCCACCCUCAACACCCACUGUAGAGACCUCCACUACCACAUCUACCACUACCCAGACGCCAAGUCCAACACCUACCACAACGACUCCACCCUCAACACCCACUGUAGAGACCUCCACUCCCACAUCUACCACUACCCAGACACCAAGUCCAACACCUACAACAACGACUCCACCCUCAACACCCACUGUAGAGACCUCCACUCCCACAUCUACCACUACCCAGACACCAAGUCCAACACCUACCACAACGACUCCACCCUCAACACCCACCACUACAGGGCCCUCAAGCCCAACAUCUACUACCACACAGACCACAACCCCAACACCCACUGUAGAGACCUCCACUCCCACAUCUACCACUACCCAGACACCAAGUCCAACACCUACAACAACGACUCCACCCUCAACACCCACUGUAGAGACCUCCACUCCCACAUCUACCACUACCCAGACACCAAGUCCAACACCUACCACAACGACUCCACCCUCAACACCCACUGUAGAGACCUCCACUACCACAUCUACCACUACCCAGACGCCAAGUCCAACACCUACAACAACGACUCCACCCUCAACACCCACUGUAGAGACCUCCACUCCCACAUCUACCACUACCCAGACGCCAAGUCCAACACCUACCACAACGACUCCACCCUCAACACCCACUGUAGAGACCUCCACUACCACAUCUACCACUACCCAGACACCAAGUCCAACACCUACCACAACGACUCCACCCUCAACACCCACCACUACAGGGCCCUCAAGCCCAACAUCUACUACCACACAGACCACAACCCCAACACCUACAGGAACAGAGAGUUUCACCCCCAGAUCUACUACUACCCAAACACCAAGUUCAUCUCCCACCACUUCAGGGACCUCAACCCCAACACCUAUCACCACACAGACCUCAACUUUAACGUCUACAACAGAGGCCACAACCCCAACACCCACCAUAGAGACCUCUACUCCUAAAUCUACCACUACCCAGACACCAAGCCCUUCCCCCACCACCACAGUGACUCCAACUACAACACCUACCACCACAGUGAGUAUGACUUCCACCACUACAAAAACAGUACCUACUACAGGAUCAACCUCUUCCAAACCCCCAACUGAAUCCUCACCACCCGUGACUUCUCAGUCUACUCCUUCCCCACCCACGGAGACCACCACCCUUCCAAGCACCCCUGUAACCACCACAGCAACAUCUACCACAGCAUCAUCCCCUGGAACAACAUCACCAUUCAUCACUUCAUCAGUGGGCAGCACUACCCCUUCACCUCCAGGUUCAUCAUCAGGACCUACCACAUCUCCAGGCACGCCCACCCCCUCAAAGACCACAACAGGGCCAACUUCACCUACCACGAGACCACCCUCCACAUCCACCCCUACAUCCCCCACUGUGCCAACAUCCACUACAGAAACCAUCACCCAGACAAGACUCUCGCCAACCACACCAACGACUUUGAAGACCACCAGGACCUCAUCUUGGGGGACGACCUCUUCAGCCUCUCCAAUCACUUCUCCCAGCACUGUCUGGACCGCCACUGCAACCAUAACUACCUGCUGUGUUGUGAAUGAGACGUUCUAUGACCCAGGUGACAUGAUCUACAACAAUACCCGUGGGGACACCUGUUACUUUGUAAACUGCUCUGUGGACUGCCGACUCCAGGUCUUCAAUUGGCCCUGUCCAUCUACUCCCUCAACUCCUACACCCUCAACACCAACAACACCAACAUCUUCCAAGACGACCACACCCUCCACACCAUCUACCACAUCAUCCAAGUCAACACUCAGCACCCCAACCAAAACCACCACCUAUGGGUGCCUCGAUUUUGAUCCUCCCAGACAGGUGAAUGAGACCUGGUGGCUGUGUAACUGUACCAUGGCUAUUUGCAAGCAUGACAACGUAGUGGAGAUUGUGGAGCUGGAGUGCAACCCCCCACCUAUGCCCACCUGUUCCAAUGGCCUCAAACCCGUGCGGGUCCCUGACCCCGAUGGCUGCUGCUGGCACUGGGAAUGUGACUGCUACUGCACUGGCUGGGGGGACCCACACUUUGUCACCUUCGACGGGCUCUACUACAGUUACCAGGGUAACUGUACCUAUGUGCUGGUGGAGGAAAUUACCCCCACAGUGGACAACUUUGGGGUCUACAUUGACAACUACCACUGUGUUGCCAAUGACGCGGUAUCCUGCCCCCGCACGCUUAUUGUGCACCAUGAGACCCAGGAAGUGAAGGUCAUGACCCUGAACAUAAUGCCCAUUGAGGUGCAGGUACAGGUGAACAAGCAGUUAGUGGCUCUGCCCUACAAGAAGUAUGGGCUGGAGGUAUACCAAUCUGGCAUCAACUUUGUGGUAGACAUCCCCAGGCUGGGUGCCCAGGUCUCCUACAAUGGCAUGUCUUUCUCCAUCCGGCUGCCCUACCGCCUGUUUGGCAACAACACAAAGGGCCAGUGUGGCACCUGCACCAACAAUACUGCAGAUGACUGUAUCCUGCCCAGUGGGGAGAUCAUCUCUGACUGUGAAAUUGCUGCUGAUGAGUGGUUGGUGAAUGACCCCUCCAAGCCACACUGUCCCCACAAAGGCCUCACCACCAAGCGCCCGGCCAUCACAACACCAGGGAUUUCAUUUAAUAACUGCACUGUGUCUCCUGUCUGCCAGCUCAUCAUGGACAGCCUAUUCUCCCAAUGCCACCCCCUUGUGCCUCCCAAGCACUACUACGAAGCUUGCCUGUUUGAUAGCUGCUUUGUGGCUGGCUCUGGUAUAGAGUGUGCCAGCGUACAGGCCUAUGCCGCCCUCUGUGCCCAGGAAGGUGUCUGCAUUGAUUGGAGGAACCACACCCAGGGGGUCUGCUCUGUGAAGUGUCCAUCUCACAGGCAGUAUCUGGCCUGUGGCCCUGCAGAAGAACCCACCUGCCAGUCCAGCUCCUCUGGGAAUUCCACGCUCUUGGUAGAAGGCUGCUUCUGUCCUGAAGGCACCACAAAGUUUGCCCCUGGAUAUGACGUCUGUGUGAAGACAUGUGGAUGUGUGGGACCAGACAAUGUGCCCAGAGAGUUUGGAGAGCACUUUGAGUUUGACUGCAAGGACUGUGUUUGCCUGGAGGGUGGAAGUGGCAUUGUCUGCCAACCAAAGAAAUGUACUGGGGACAACCUGACCACAUGUGAGGAGGAUGGCACCUACCUUGUUGUGGAGGCCAACCCAGAUGACAAGUGCUGCAACAUCACUUCAUGUAAGUGUGACACCAAACUAUGUAAAGCUGAACCCCCCUCGUGUUUGUUGGGAUUCGAAGCGAAGAGCGAGCAUGUGCCUGGGAAAUGUUGUCCAGUUUAUUCCUGUGUGCCCAAGGGUGUGUGUGUGCACCAGAACGCUGAAUACCAGCCGGGAUCUCCAGUGUAUUCCAACAAGUGCCAGGACUGUAUAUGUACCAACAUCAUGGACAACAGCACCCAGCUCAAUGUCAUCUCCUGUACCCAUGUGCCCUGCAACAUCUCCUGCAGCUCCGGCUUUGAGCUUGUGGAGGUCCCUGGGGAAUGUUGUAAGAAGUGCAAGCAGACCCAUUGCAUCAUCGAGAAGACCAAGGAUCAGUACCUCGUUCUGAAGCCUGGGGAGAUACAGAAAAACCCCAACGACAAGUGCACCUUCUUCAGCUGUGUGCAAAUCAACAACCAGCUCAUCUCCUCGGUCUCCAACAUCACCUGCCCUGACUUUAACCCAAGUGACUGUGUUCCGGGCUCCAUCACAUACAUGCCUAAUGGCUGCUGUCAGACAUGCAUCCCUAACCAGACCGGAAACCCUUGCUCUGCCAUCACAGUCAUGAAGGAGAUUUCCCACAAUGGCUGCACCAAGAACAUCUCCAUGAAUUACUGUUCUGGGUCCUGUGGGACUUUUGCCAUGUACUCUGCCCAGGCCCAGGAUCUGGAUCACAGAUGUUCUUGUUGCAAGGAGGAGAGGACCAGUGUACGACAGGUUACCCUGGAAUGCCCAGAUGGCACGGAGCUGAGCCAUACCUACACACACAUUGAGAGCUGUCAGUGCCAGGACACUCUCUGUGAGCUCCCACAAGCCAAACAAGUCCGCGCCAGGCGUUCUAGUCCCCGGCUUCUAGGAAGGAAGUGAACGGGUUGUACCGUGCACAUGUCUUCCCAUCCUGAACCAUCCUUCUGACUCUCUGAGCUUCUCCACUUCCAGCUUGGCUUCUUCUCUGCACAUAUUUAUUUUCGGAGUUUCUGUUCCAUCCUUUGCUUUCUGACAAUAAACUCAGGCAUAGCCACU